AUGUUAUUGGUGUUGUUUCCGGUGCCAAGAUUCUCCUGGGGCCCCAUCCUAAGGUCGUUCCCAAACCUCCACAACGACGAGACCACAAAGGUACAAUACCAGGUGGGCGGGAGCCUACCGAAAGGGAUGGGGGCUAUGUUUCUGGCAUAGACGGCCUGGUCAUUCGCAACAUGGCGAUUGCCAAUGCCGGUGGCGAGUGCAUCCGCUUUCGCGGCGGCACAAGCUGAAAUCACUUUUGUUAACAAGAACUCUUCUCCCUCCGUCAUUCGUGCUCUUCCUCCGUCCAACACGCGGCCGCUCCCCUGCCGCUGCCCGCCUUACCCCUCAAGACCACGUGACGUACGCCGAGGUGUACGGCAACACUAUCACCGACUGCGGUUCGAGUAGCUGCAAUGCGCCCAGGCUCGACCUGAUUCGACUUGAAGAGCGGCGUAUUCCUGACCUGUCAAGCAACCUUUCCCGAGAUACCCCGCGUUUCGUGUUUGCCGGUGGCGGGCCGGGGUGAUUUGUUAGGUUGUUUGGUGGGGUGCGCAGCAAAACCCGUUGCAAGCAAACCCGUAAACAGUUUGUUGUGCGGGGUGGAAAAGAGAAUAGUGUGCCCCCGCCCGCCUCGGAAUUCCCCGUUGCAGUCACCGUAGGGCGUCACGCCCGCGCCUCUCGUUUGUAUGUUCUGUUCUAAUUCUUCUUCCCUCCACCCUUUCGUCUGUACCCUCCGCGUCAUCUCGUUCCUCCGGCUCCCUCCUCCCCCGGGCUUCCACCCACCUGA